UCAAACGAUGUCAGCGUUUGUCUUAUCAGCUGGCAGCGGAUUCAGUCUCGCAACGAUGUUGAAGCUAAGCAGCCGCCUGCAAGCGCACAAAGUGCUCUCUUUAUCCCUACGCCACGCCUCCUCCACAGCGGGCGAAGGCGAACGAACAGCGCUCUAUGAUUUCCAUGUGCGUAAAGGCGGCAAGAUUGUCAACUUUGGUGGCUAUGCUUUGCCUGUGCAGUACUCAGAUCAGAGCAUCAUUGCCUCUCAUCUAUAUACACGAAGUGUUGGUUCAAUCUUCGAUGUGUCGCACAUGCUGCAGACGUUUGUGCGGGGCAAGGAUGCGGCGGCGUGUCUCGAAACCAUUUGCACGGCGGACAUACGUGAUAUGCCCGCGGGAAGUGGAAGUUUGACAGUGUUCACCAACGAGCAGGGCGGCAUUCUGGAUGAUCUGAUAGUAAACAAGGUGAAUGAGCAGCAGCUGUAUGUGGUCUCCAAUGCAGCAAUGAAGCAACAGGAUAUGCAAAUCAUGAGCAAUGCGGUGUCGUCCUACAAAUCCCAGGGCAAAGAUGUAUCCAUUGAGUUUCUCAACCCCUCGGAUCAAUCGCUUAUCGCCGUGCAAGGACCAAAGGUGGCACAAGAGCUGAGUAAGCUUCUAAAGCAACCUAAGGAUUUCGAGCAACUUUACUUUAUGCGCUCAGCGCUCUUUGAGUUGGCUGGCAUUAACAAUGUGCGCAUUACACGUUGCGGCUACACAGGCGAGGAUGGCGUUGAGAUCUCUGUGCCCUCCUCUCAGGUGGAGUCACUGACUGAAGCGCUGCUCGCUGGCGGUCAACUGAAGCUGGCUGGUCUCGGUGCCCGUGACUCGUUGCGUCUGGAGGCAGGUCUUUGUCUCUAUGGCAGCGACAUUGAUGCAGAGACUACCCCCGUGGAGGCGGCACUCGCUUGGCUGGUUGCCAAGCGGCGUCGCAGCACUGCUGACUUUCCAGGAGCUCAGCGCAUACUGGAGCAACUGAAGCAGGGCGUCCAGCGGCGACGUGUCGGCGUGCAAAUGCUCGGUGCGAAGCCACCACCAGCUCGUGCCGGUGUUGGCAUCUUUAGUGGAGGUCAGCAGGUGGGUCAGUUGACUAGUGGUUGCCCCAGUCCCAGCACGGGACGGAACAUUGCCAUGGGCUAUGUGGAGGAGCAACUGAAGAAGCCAGGCACUCAGGUGCAGCUUAAAGUACGUGAGAAAUUCUACGAGGCGGAGAUCACGCGAAUGCCCUUCGUUAAGGCCAACUACUUUAAUAAGCCAAAGUAAUAAAGUCAAGCUUAAACUUAAA